AUGAACAAGACCGAUCACAACGCUGCCACGAAUCACCAGUUUGCCUCUUUGGAGAAGGUGCUAGUCAAGACUGUUAAUGACGCUAUAAAUUGCCUUAAACUGCUGAAAAAGAAGCUUUCCGAUUACGACAGUCGUCAUGGCAAUCACUUUAUCAACACCGCUGUCUCGUACAUGCGCAGCGACAUGCGCGCAGCCAAAGACACGGCAGUCGAUCUUAAACGCAUUGCCCAUGACAUCAAGAAAAGCCCACAACCGAACGAGUCGGAUAUUCAUGCUGCUCGCAACACUAUGAACGCAACGGCUAAAGCUAUGGAUCAUUUGCAAAUUACUGCGCGCAGCUAUGACCAGGGAAAAGGCCGAUCCAAGGGUGUGAAAGGUACUUUUGAUAAUGUCGUUGGCCAUAAUGACAAGGAGAAACACGAAAAGGAAGGAAGUGUCGUCAGCAAAAGUGACGAUACGAAGUUCAAAGAGUCGAAGGUUGGCAAAAUUUUUGGCAAGGAUGACGCGGAUAAGCAAAACAACAAUGUCGGUCUCUUUGGCAAGAAUGACAGAGAAAAGGACGACAUUGAUGGUGGUAAGCUCGGAGGCACAAGUGAUCAUCACCAUGCUUCAAAAGCGAGUACCUUUGGUGCGUCUGAUACCGUUGAGACGCUAGUCAAGUCAACUUUGUCGGAACAUUUUGACCUCCAGACGCUGAGUCACCAAAUUGACCUUACUGAGAAGUCACUGAUGGCGUCGCCAACAUCGCCAACAUCCUCUCCGACAUUUGUCGAGCGUGCGAAGGAGAAAGUGAAGGAGGUGAAGGAAAAACUCAUGGGUGACUCGUCGAACGAAGGCCACGAUGCCCACAAGCAAAGUAUUACCCCGUGA